ACAGCCGCCAUUUUUUUUUUUUUUUCUCGCACUUUUUCGUUUUCAUCUCGGAAAAAGUCAUAUUCUGAUACUCCACUCUUUGAAUCCAACCGUUCAUGUUGUUAUGAUGGAAGAAACAUUCAUGAAUCAAGUAUUGUCAGGCAUAUAUAUAUUGGAUAUUCUCGUCUUACUCAUUUUUUUGCUGGUCAUUUUUAUUGGAUACCAAGUCCUAAAAUUGUGCAAAGAAAUUUAUCUCCAACUUGUUCGAUGGGAUCCAUCAUUUUACAACAUUAGGAGAUAAUCUCAUUGUGUGUCUUAAUUACAAACUGUCUCAACUCUCUGUUUCUUAUAUUCAGCACUAAGAUGCCUAAAAGGAAAGACUCCUCAACCUUUGUUUGGGCUCCAUUACCAGGGGCAAUUAUGUGGCCUGUUUUACUAGUAAAUGAACAGGAGCCUAAAAAGAAAAGUUCUACUUCUUCUGUUUUUUGUAACUGCGAUCAAACGGAAAUAUCUCAAGAAAAAGAAGAAGUAUGACACUCUUAACUGUUUCUUAUCAGAUAUAAAAUGGAUUGAAGAGAUGAUUAACCAGUCAUCCCCAGUGAAAAAAAGGUUGCAGGAUGAAGGAUCAUUCACUGCUCAACACGAUUCACCACCACCUACAACUCUCCCAGGAGCAACGCCACCUGCUGCACCUCCAUCCAUAACUCAACCAGAUUUAUCACAAACCACUACUGGACCAGUAUUAUUGCCACCUACAGCUCAGCCAGAUUUGACACCACCCACAAUUCAACCAGUUUUACCACAACCCACAACUCGACCAGAUUUACCAUCACCCUCAACACAACAAGUUUUACCACAACCCACAACACAACAAGUUUUACCACCACCCACAACUCAACCCGAUUCACCACCACCCUCAACUCAUCCCUAUUCACCACCACCCUCAACUCAACCAGAUUCAUCACUACCCUCAACUCAACACGAUUCACCACCACCCUCAACUCAACCAGAUUCACCACCACCCUCAACUCAACCAGAUUCAUCACUACCCUCAACUCAACACGAUUCACCACCACCCUCAACUCAACCAGAUUCACCACCACCCUCAACUCAACCAGAUUCACCACCACCCUCAACUCAACCAGAUUCAUCACUACCCUCAACUCAACCAGAUUCACCACCCCCCUCAACUCAACACGAUUCACCACCACCCUCAACUCAACCAGAUUCACCACCACCCUCAACUCAACCAGAUUCAUCACUAUCCUCAACUCAACCCGAUUCACCACCACCCUCAACUCAACCAGAUUCACCACCACCCUCAACUCAACCAGAUUCACCACCACCUAUUAUGACACGACCAGAUUCACCACCACCCUCAACUCAACCAGAUUCACCACUACCCUCAACUCAACCAGAUUCACCACCACCCUCAACUCAACCAGAUUCACCACCACCUAUGACACGACCAGAUUCACCACCACCCUCAACUCAACACGAUUCACCACCAACCUCAACUCAACACGAUUCACCACCAACCUCAACUCAACCCGAUUCACCACCACCUACAACUCAAUCCGAUGUACUGCCAACCACUACUGAAUUAGGAACACUAGUAGAUUCACUUCCAGGUACCUCAUCUGGAUGUAUUCUUGGUACUUUGCAGUCAUGCCAGUCACCACAUUCAGAUUAUUCAGAUUCACUUGCAUCAAAUACCACAGAUGUACAUACAUCUUCUGUACAGGCUAAUGGUUCCAAGCCACAUCCACUGACUUGCUCAGACUAUUCUGAUGAUCUUGUAUCUUCAGGAUCAGAAUAUGUCCCAGACAGCGACAGUUGUAAUGAAGAAAAAUCAUAUGUUAGUGACAGUGUAUGUUCAUCGCCACUGAGUGAAGUCUUUCCUAUGCUAUCUCAAAAGCCAAGUAGCAGAAAAUCUGUGAAUUUACAUGAAGAUGUUGUUUGUGAGGAAUCCGAUAGUGAUGAUGAAGAUGUUAAUGAAGAGGAGAUAACUAGAGCCGCAGAUAAAACAAGUAUUUAUGUUUUCAAAAUUCUUAAAAGCUCAACUUCAAAAAGUGGAAGAAAGAAGAAGAUUGAUAGGGUAUACAACAGCUACCAAUAUUGUCAUUUAUGUAAGAAAAAGGUGUCAAAUUUUUCACAGCACAUUUCUCGAAACCGUAAUCUUCAAGCUCAUGCCAAUUGUGAACAGUUGUUAGAUAUAUUACAAGAUGAAGAUAAGCAUAGUAGAAACAGAAAGUGCACUUUACUGCGUAGCAAAUUCAACCAUGAAUUUAACAUGAAUACAUUAAAGCGUGGUAAAGGUGAAAUCAUAUUAGAAAGGCGACCUCAUGGAAAAUUUGAAUUAAAAGAGUAUGGACCUUGCCCUGGAUGCUAUUUAUGGUUGAAUCAUAAAUUACUAAGAAAACAUAAGAAUGUAUGUGUUGCUAAGUGUGAUUUUUCCAAAUCUGCAUCAUUAAUUACACAGUCUAAAAUUAUAUCUGGACGCAUUCACACCAGUCCAAGUCAGACACUUUUAAAUGAGGUAUUUAGCUCAAUGAACAUGGAUAUGAUAGGAACUGUUGCUCGCGAAGAUCCCUUAAUUGUUCAACUUGGGAAUCAGUGGAUCCAAAAAAAUGUGGGAAAUCGUCUUAAAAGAGGUGCUUACACAGGUCAAAUAAUGAGAUUAUGUGCCCGGCUCCUCAUCAAUCUGAGAGAAAUAACACCUAUUACAGAGGAACCAAUUUUCUGGAAUUACUUGAAGGCUUCUUUUUUUGAUGAUAUAGUUGAGGCUACAUUGAAAACUGCAAAUGCUAUAAGUGAGGAUAACCUUGAAAAACCAAGCAAUGCCCGUAAGCUUGGAUUUGACAUUAAAAAACUAAUAAAUGGUAAGAUUGGAAUAUCGAUCAUGACUAAUGAUGAACCUAGCAGAAAGGAAGCAGAAGAUUUAUUAAAAACCAUGGAAAUUUUUUGGGGGACUAGGGUAGCAAAAUUGUCAAAUGUGAUAUUAGAGCAGAGAAAAUAUGAAAAACACAAGCAACUUCCAAAUCCAGAUGAUAUUGAAGAAUUGAAUAAAAGUCUUGAAUGUUCUUUAAAAGGUUUAGAUUUAACGACAACUACACUUGAAAAUUUUACCAAUGUUGUUGAAGUGGUUGAAGCAAAGUUAGUUAUAUACAACAGAAGAAGAGUUGGUGAACUAGAGGCCAUAAGACUUGCAGAUUAUGAAAAUAGGAAAAAGGGUGAAGCACCACAUCAUUUGGUGGGUCAACUAUCAGAGUUUGAGAGGAAACUUUUAACGGAACAAGAAGUUAUGACAGUGAGGGGAAAGACUGGUCGAGGAGUUCCUGUAAUUUUACCUGCCAUCACAAAAGCACCUUUAAGUUAUUUAACUGACAGCUCUGUUAGAAGUGCUUGUGGAAUAAGUUCCAAGAAUGUUUAUGUCUUUGCUGGGAAAGGUGAGGGGGUUAUAAGAGCAUACAAUUCAGUUUUAAAGGCUUGUUCUAGAGCACCGUUGAAAUCUCCACAGCUGAUAACAAGCACCAAUUUAAGAAAAUACAUGGCCACAGUAACCCAGGUAUUUGACCUUAAGCCGAAUGAAAUGAAUUGGGUUUUAGACCAUUUAGGACAUAGCAUGGAUGUACAUAAGAUUCACUACAGAGCUUCAAGUGAAAUACUUGAGAAGACACAGAUAGCCAAGUUAUUAUUGUUACAAGACAGUAAUCAGAUAGGAAAAUAUAAAAACAUGUCUUUGAAAGACAUUCAGAUUGAAGAUUUGGUUAUGGAUGAUCAGGUUCAAAGCCCAGUCACAGAAGACUUUGAUAAACAGGUGUUUGAAGAGUCGCAAAUGGACAGUGACUGUGAGGAAAUAAAAGAUAAACGAAAGCCUGCAGUUUCAAUCAAGGUUAAGUGGACUCUUGAAGAAGACGAAGAGAUAAAGCAGCUGUUUAAGAAGUGUAUAUUAAAGAAAAAAAGACCGUCUCCGAAAGAUUGUCAGAAGGCUUUAGAAAGAAGCAAAUUAAAUGGUGGAGUCUUAUGGAAGAGGAAAAAAGAUGUUUUAAAAAAGAAAAUGUUCAGGCUAAUUGAUAAGUUGAACAAAAAUUGAUUCAAAUGACCUAUCCUAAUCUGUUUGUUGUAUUGUCUUGCACUAACCUAAGGCCUGUUGUCAAAAUGAUCUAAAUUUUAAAUUGGAGUACUGAUUUCCUUUUCUUUUCCAAAUGGGCAGUAUUUCACUUUGGUAUUGUUUUAAGGGUAUAAGCUAAUAAUAUUAGCUCCAAAGCUUAUUUUUUGUUAUACAAUAUAUAUAUAUGAAUAUAGAUAUGGGUUUUCAGACUCAAUUUAGAAUUGUUUUUUUAUUUUCUUGUAAAUCCAUCGGUCAGACUCUGACAGUCAGAGGUUUCAGUUUUUUUUAAUCAUGAAUAAAAGUAAUAAAAAUACUUUUAAUAUGUACAUGUAUGUUGCUUUAAACUGAAGAAUAUGGCAAUACAUUUAUAUUGAAGAUUGCUUUUAUUUUUUAACUGUGCUGCCCUUUCAGAGAGUCCUUUAAUUUAUGAGAUUUGAGGUGCAUCAGAUAUUGUCCGAAGUCUUACCCUAUUGUCGGACAUUAAGGCUCUGUAUUUCGAAUACAUGAUUUCAAAAGCUUUGAUGUGAAAAUCUUGUAGAGAAGGGGGAGAUAAUAUCUUAUUGGCUUGUCCUAAGCUGCGCUCAUCAAAGUAAUGGGAUUUAAGAGUUGCAGCGCAUAUGUCUGCCAAAUAUUGGGUCUUGUUCUGGGCUGCAGUCCAUCAUAGUCGGACACCUGGGCUCAUUAUUUCAGAUGAAGGAUUUCAAGGACUCGAUUUCAAAACUCUUGUGGAGAAGGGGGAGAUAAUUUGUCUGUGGGGGUGGGUUGCAGCUCAUUUCAACGUAUAUCUUAUUGGCUUGUCCUAAGCAAAGGCGUUUUAUAGCUGAGGCGCUGGAGGCGCCAGCCUCCUCGCGAAAAAAAUCAAAGAAAUUGGAAAAGUAAAACGGGAGAAAAAUGCUAAAACCGAUGAGAAAAAUGAAAAUGUACCCUAGUUAGGGGGCCCCUAAAGGCAGGCAAAAGGCCCCCACGUCUAACAAAAGGGCCCCUCUGGCCAAGGGAAAGUGCCCCGAGUCCUAGUCUAUCGUUUUCUAUACAAUGUUACUGUCGCGUCCAUUACUGAAUGCGAAUGCAGUCAUUGCAUUGAUAUAAAAAUCAUCAACCAAGACGCCCCCGCGAAAAGGCCCCUCAAAAUAGUAUAGCCUCCACCAUGAUAAACCUUAAAACGCCCCUGGUCCUAAGCUGCGCUCAUCAAAGUAAUGGGAUUUAAGAGUUGCAGCGCAUAUGUCUGCCAAAUAUUGGGUCUUGUUCUGGGCUGCAGUCCAUCAUAGUCGGACACCUAGGCUCAUUAUUUCGGAUGAAGGAUUUCAAGGACUCGAUUUCAAAAAUCUUGUGGAGAAGGGGGAGAUAAUUUGUCUGUGGGAGUGGGUUGCAGCUCAUUUCAACGUAUAUCUUAUUGGCCACUCGGCAAACCUCGUAAGAUUUCGGAAUCUAAACUCGGCUGUAUGAUGAAUUCCGCCAUAUUGGAACUACUUUAAAGGUACCGGAUGAAACAUGGCUGCGCCCAUUCCAAACACAAGUUGGCGACCUAUUUGGCUAGCGACCUAUUCGACCGAUCCAACUGUAAGAUAAUGACGAAAUUACACUUCUAUUCUGAGCUGAAGGAAUGGAUAAAAAAUAAUAUAUUCUACUUUCAUUUGAUAGACAUAACGUUGGAUUUUAUUGAUUGAUAAAUAGAGACUGUUGUCUUUACUCGAAAUAGGUUUCCAACGAACAGGUUGCAGCUCGAUCGGUCGAAUAGGUCGCUAGCCGAAUAGGUUCCCAAUUUGUGUAAUAGCGUCAAGUUUUCCUGUUAAAGUAAACCGGUAGCCGCAUCGCAAAUGUAUGGGCGUAGGUACAUAUCACUUACUGUCAUACAUCCGAGACUAGAUGUAGUUUACGUAGUUUACGGAAUCUGUCGAGAUUAGCCGAGUG